GUGGGAUAGGUAUGACAUCCUCAACCACUCACUCUAGAGACCACUCCUCGACCGCACGCUUUCGCUUUCUUCCUUGUGGCCCUGCGAUGAAUUAAACAUGUCGAUACCAGGCUUGGGGCAAUUAGCUCCCACAGCUACCCCAAUAGCUGCUGCAGCUUCUUCAGCCGCGCCGGCUCCCACGACGACACAAACCCUCGAACCGUACUGGGAAUACCGUUUUGAGGUGCCUCACGGCUCGUCUUUAACUAUCAAGCUUGUCUCGGGCACCGCCGAGAAAGAUGGCACCGAGCUCGCCCCCAAUACGCCCUACAUCUUCAGUGCGACCAAGUCUAAAAUCAAUACCUGGCAUGGCUGCAGCCUCGAGAUCACAGCCCCCUCAUCCGGCACAUACGAUGCGUACACAUCAGAGCCGACCGCCGAUGAGACCCCCAUGGUCAGCUACCUAAACUUGCACUUCAAGCUCGAGUCCCUUCGCGCCGUCGCCCAAAAGUCAGCCCACAUGGGGCCACGCGUGCUCAUCGUAGGACCCCCGAACGCUGGCAAGUCGAGCCUUGUACGCACUCUCGCUUCCUGGGCCACUCGCAUGGGCCGUCAACCUCUCGUCGUAAAUACCGAUUCGCGCGAGGGCAUGCUCACGCUCCCGGGAACUCUGAGCGCCGCUGUUUUCGCCACGCUCAUCGACAUCACUACGGACUGGGGCAGCCUGCCCAGCAGUGGGGCCAGUGCGAUCCCUGUGAAGUUGCCGUUGGCCUACUACUAUGGGCUGCCGCAGUCAGAUGAUAAUCCAAAGCUGUUUAAGCGCUUGCUUGGCCGGCUUGCUGUCGCGGCUACGUCGAGACUCGCCGAGGAUGUUGACGUUAAGAGUGCCGGCAUGUUAAUCGACACCGGCGGUGUACCCACAGGCGCUAGGGCCGUGUCAUACUAUGAGUUUGUCGCCCAUAUCGUCGCCGAAUUCUCGGUCAAUAUUAUCGUUGUGGUUGGGUCUGAGCGCGUAGGCAGUGAAAUGCAAAAGCGAUUUGCAGGGCAGACUACAAGCGUUGGCGAGACAAUCACGGUCGUCGGUUUAGAUAAAUCCGGCGGUGUCAUGGAUCGUGAUGAAGCGUUCAUGCAAUCUAUUCGCGAGUCCGCUAUUAGAGAGUACUUCUUUGGUAACACUAAGAUGACUCUCAGUCCUUUCACGCAACAGGUAGAUUUUGCGGCUGUGUCGAUAUGGCGAAUAAACGAUGCGCCAAUCAAGUCUCUAGCAGACAGUGGCGGUAUUACGUACGACGAAGGAGAAACACACCCAGCAGAUCUUCUCGAAAAGGCAGAGCCAUCAAUGAUGAUGCAGAAUUGUGUGUUAGCGGUAGCAUGUGCCUCGGUCCAUGAUCCCCCAGACACAAUACGCGAUGCAAACAUCAUGGGCUUCGUAUAUGUAGCAGACGUGGAUGAGAAGCGCCAUAGGCUGCGCAUCCUAGCACCCGUCUCAGCACGGCUCAGUGAUCGACCCCUUCUAUGGGGCUCAUGGCCUGAACACAUGGUCAACCUACUUAUAUAAUGGGUGUCCACGCUAAUGAACUGACAGCACUAACAUAAUGACACAUGUCGAUGGGAUGUCAAUGGAUUAACGUGGUCCAUAGCAUGUCCUCCCAUCUACGAGCAUCACUCGAUAUACAACUUUAGAAGCCUCCAAGGAGUCAGUUUCAAAAUUUUGUGGAAACCUCCCAAUCUUAGAUUUUGACAUUGAUGGCUUACUAGACGCAAUAGAAGUCAUAGACCACUAGCAUUGCAAGGGCUAAUGCCGGCACUUGACAUAGUGAGAAUUAUACAGUUCGCAUUGCUAUUAAGCUACAAGGUCGUCUUCCACUAUGACUAAUGGUUUUCCCAUAUGGCAUUCAGAAAUAGGCAUUAGGUGGGGUGAA